GCAACAUUAAUUACUCAUUAAAAGCAGUUCUGAAAAGGUGAGUUUUGUUUAGUGAUUUGAACAUAGACAUAUCUGUGCAGUCUCGGAUGUGUUUGGGGAGAGAGUUCCAGAAGGAGGGGGCAGCUAUGGAGAGGGCUCCUGGGUUACCCCAAGUCCAGGGUUGGUCCUGAGUGGUGGAGACAGGAGGUUAGCAUCAGAGGAAGGAGUGUGGUGGGGGAGCAGGUCAGUGAGGUGGGAGGGGGCCUGGUUAUGGAGGGCUUUGUGAUUCUGGAGAAGGACUUUGAAUUAGAUCCAUUGUGGACAGGGAACAGGAAUGGGUGAGCAGGCAAGCAGCAGAGUUCCGGACGUACUGGAGUUUAUUUAGGAUUUUGGAUGAUAUGCCAUAAAGAAUGCUGUUACAGUAGUCAAUUUUGGAUGUAAUGAAAGCAUGGAUCAGUGCAGUUUCAGCAGCAGUGAAGGAGACUGAUAGGCGGAGACAAUCUUUUUUACGUGGAAAAAGGCAGUUCUGGUGAUUUGUUUGUGAUUUGUUGCUGUUGAAAAUGAGGUGUGUGGGGAGGGACACAGAGCAAAGUUAUCAAUGGUGAGGCAGAAGUUGUGAUUAGUUUUGGGCCGAUGAUGAUCAUGUCUGAUUUAUCACAGUUUAGUUUGAGUAAGUUGGAUUGCAAUCAUUGUAGAAGCCAAAAUAUGAUGAACAUGUGGGAAAGUAAUACACAAAACACUUAGGGUUGCACAACACCAAUGGAUAGGCAAAAACAAUCUCCUUUAAAGGAGUUGUUUUCAAAAGUUCUGGUUACAAUCUCUGGGAAGCAAAACUUUUACCAGAUCGGCUUGACCUACGUUGACCUUCAUUGACCCAUCCAAAAAGCAUUAGGCCACCAGAUAAACGGGAGACACCUGGAAAUAAUAGGAAAGGGGGAGCAAAGUACACCACACGCAGAAAUGUCCAAAUGGUGCAGAGACAUCUACACCCAUUGGUCAAAGUCCAAGCGAUCAUUUUUCUUACGAAAGUGCCAAAAACAUAGACAGGAUGUCACAUCUGCUUUUGGUAUAAAUAGGUGUGGGUGUGAAGUUGAAGGGGGGCUGCAUUGAUGAUUUUCUGAGUUCUGUAUGUUCGUGUGUAAUGAAAUAAACUCCCGUUGGUUGUCUGCUCAUCUCUCUGGUCUCAGCGUUUGAUGUGAACAUCUUUAAUAUAGCCUGAUUUGAAACCCCAAUACCAUGAUUUAUUUCAGUGAGGCAGUUGGUGAGAGGAGCGGUGGAGGAGGUGCAGUUGUUGAUGUUGAUGAACUGUUGUCUGUUUGUGAGAAAUGUUUUUAACCAGGAUAGGGCAUUACUGGUGAUGUUGAGGGAGGAUUCAAGGUGGGAGAGAAGAAUGGUGUGGUUGAUGGUGUUGAAAGCUGCAGUGAGGUUGAGGAGCAUGAGAAUGCUGAGGUGACCAGAGUCUGAGGAGAGGAGGAGGUAGUUGGUGGCUUUGAGGAGGGCUGUUUCAGUGCUGUGCUGUGAGUGGAAACUGGAUUGAAAUGGUUCGAACUGGUCAUUGGAGAUGAGGUGGACUUUUAGUUGGGAGGCGACAAAACAUUCCAGUAUUUUUGAAGAAAUUGGAGAUUGAAGAUGGACUAGGAAUUGCUCAUGAUGUAAGGGUUGAGUCCAGGUUUUUUGAGGAUGGGGGACUGAACCAGAACUGAAGGAGGAGUUAAUGAUUUCUGUGAUGAGUGAGGAGAUGAACAAGAUUGGAAGGGAUGGGAUCCAAAUCACAAGUGGAGUGUCUGAUUCCAUUCCUCAUUCUGAUGUUAAAAAAAAAAAAUAGCAGGUACCUAUUGUAAAAUUACAAGGUACAGUAUGACCCGUUUUGACACCACAGUCAGGUCCAACAUAGUAUGCUUCACUGUAGCUGAACCCGUACUAAACUGCAGCACAUAUAACUUCGGGACAAAUACACAGAUUUACUAUUACUAAUACUAAUUAAAUCUGCGUCCUGUUUCUGUGUCUUGGGUAUAAGUGAACACACACACACACACUAACAUAUGUAGGUAGAUGCUAUUACACUUUGUCUCUUUGCCCACCCUCUUGCAGUGGUAAUGGACUUGCUCCACAGUUCUGGUGUGAGCAGUACAUACUACCUGCAGACCCAAUACAGCCAUAGCCAGAGCUACUUCCUGUUAGUCUCCAUGGCAACGGACCUACACAACACCUUCUUCCUGCUGUUCCCCAUAUGGUUCCAUGUACGGCAGGCCGAAGCAGUCAAACUGGUGUGGGUGGCAGUAGUGGGAGACUGGGUCAACCUGAUGCUGAAAUGGCUUUUGUUUGGAGAGCGUCCCUAUUGGUGGGUUCAGGAAACACGUUUCUAUGGCAACUCCUCCCAGCCAGUGAUAGAGCAGUUCCCUAUGACAUGUGAGACUGGGCCAGGAAGUCCAUCAGGUCAUGCCAUGGGCGCUGCUGCGGUGUACUACACCAUGAUGUCAUCAUUCCUCACGACAGUGCUGAAGAAAGAUGGAAACCAAAUAAAGAAAUGGUGUGUGUGCGUCUCACUAUGGACGCUGUUCUGGUGUGUGCAGGUGUGUGUGUGCAUCUCUAGAGUCUUCAUCGCUGCUCACUUCCCACAUCAGGUCAUCAUGGGAGUUAUCAUAGGUAUCCUGGUGGCAGAAUCCCUCAGCCGAAUCCAGCAGAUCUAUGAGGCCCGUCUGCAUUCCUACCUCCUCAUCUCCUUGCUCCUCCUCUCCCUGGCUCUCCUCCUCUACCUGUGCCUCUGGCUGGUAGGUGUUGAUCUCCUCUGGAGUGUGGAGAAAGCACGGCUGUGGUGCCACCGGGCAGAGUGGGUCAGCGUGGACACCAACCCACUCGCCAGCUUGUUCAGAAACACUGGAACUCUGCUGGGGCUGGGUCUGGGGCUCCACUCUCCCCUGCAUGCGCACGCCAACAGAGUGGUGGUCAGCAGGGGAACUGACGGCACCAUCUACAGGUUUAUCUCUUUAAGUGCAACGCUGGUGCUGCUGCAGUUAUUUGACUCUGCUUUUAAGCCACCUGUCCACAAUGGGGCUCUGUUCUAUCUACUGUCAUUCUGUAAAAGUGCCACUGUGCCUCUGGCUACUGUGGCUAUUGUGCCCUACUAUGUGGCUGCAGCACUGGGCUACAAGGGGAAGAAGCUGGUAUGAGGCAGAUGGCUGCACAAUACAUGCACUGGUGAACCUUUGUGCAUCAUGUCAUAUACUGGUGAAGCUGUGACUUUAAAUCUUCUCUAUAUGGCCAAAAGUAUGUGGACAAUACUUGAAUGUCCUUUUGGUAUUUCACGGUUUGGUCUUUAUAUCCAACUAAUGCAAAUCUAAAUGCUACAGCAUACAGUGAUAUUUUAGACAACAGUGUACUUCUAAAUUUGUGGCAACAGUUUGGGUUUUGCCAUUUCCUUUUUCAACAUGACAAUGCCUCCAUACAGAAAGCCAGCUCCAGAAGGAAAUGCUUUACCCAGUUUGGCAUGGAAGAACUUGACCUGACCUCAACCCUAUCCAACGCCUUUGGGAUGGACUGGAACACCAACUGCGAGCCAGGGCUCUCAUGUAAACAUCAUGUGCCAGAAUCAGUGGAGAGCUCAGUCGUUAAAUUUGAACAGAUUAAAGAUCCUGAAGACAUACUUUCUCAAUCAGCUUCUUACUAUAAAUGACAGGAUCCUACAUGAACACCAAAUGAUCUGUUGAACAGUUUUGGUUAUUUCACAUGACAUGGUUUUCUGUAUCUGUGUUUUUGUCUGCGCUUCUCACUGAUUUGAAGUGGGCGGGUCUCAGUUAGAAAAAGAUGAUGUAUGUACUGGUACUUUUGUGAACCAAUCAUUUAGCAUUAUUUGAAUCAAAAUCUGAUGAGAGUGGCAGGGUUGUUUGCUGAUGUUGCCAGAUGAAGCAGAUUACAUGUAGAGUUUAACUAUAAAAUGAUACAGAAGGAUGCUUUUAUCCAAGCUUUAACAUUGAUUGUUGCAUAUGUUGUAAUGAAUAUUUCAUGUUAUAGAGACAUAAUUACAAUUUAAAAAGAAGUUUUCAGAGGCUGAUAAAAAAUGUGUCUUUUGUGUAUUUCUCCACUGAUACAAUUUUGAUGGAUGGAUUGCUAUAAAAUUUUGUACAGACAUUCAUGGUCCUCA